UCUCUUUCGAACAAAAGUACACGAACGAGCAGCAAUUUUUAUUUCCAAAAAUAUGUUUUCGUAGCAUUGCUGAAUAAUAUAGCUGGCGUCUACAUCGUCGCCCUCCUUAUAUUAUUUUUCAACCGCAGUGCUGCUCCAACUUCUCCUCUACAUGCCUUAUCAAGAUUAAUCUUUGUCUCUUUUAAAGCGCACUUGACGAUUGGAAAAUCAUUCUCCACAGACCCCAACAAACUUAUCACACGUACAAUGGUGUUUGUAACAGAAAUCGAAGAUCGCACCUCGCCCAAGCCAUUCCUAGGUGGUUGGCGUGACGUUGCACGCGAUCUCGAGUAUCACGACGCCACGUGUCAAACACCAACGGAAUUUAGCCGACCACGCCAACGUAUCUCUAGACCAGUGCAGACGUUCGCCAUCAGAGAAUACUGCUCGAGAUUUGUGCAGCUCGAUGAUCGCCUUGACAAAGGGGUACAAGCCAACUGGCUGAUUCCUCAGCUUGGUGAAUGCGUGCUCAAAGCUAACGACUUGAACGAGCAAACUCGCAGAGACGCUGCCGCUGUUACUGUUCAGAGAUUUUAUAGAGCUUAUCGUAGACGCAAGUUCAAAGGAUUCAACCAAGACGACAAAAGGGAAAAAUCGCAAUCGCCAGGGAAAACUGUCAGUUUCGCAUCAGAAGACGGGGACAACGACGAACACGAGCGACCAGCUUUCGACGCCACCAUCUUCCGAGACUAUCAAAGCAGUCCGCAGAUCUUGGGUGAAUUACACAUAAUUCAACCGUCAGAUUCAGGAGCACAGGAUCGAUUGGACUUGAACAUGCUACACGGACUAUUAGACCGUUGGAGCGUGGCCGAGGAGGCCAAGAUCCGCAACAGUUUGGACAACGAGCUGCAACGUAUUGAUGCGCGAACGCGUAUGCUCGAGCAGGAGAUCGAUGUUCUGAGGGCCAUCGACAGCUCGCGCUGCGAAAUCACGAGGAGGAAAGCCGAAAGAGCGAGAGCCAAGUUUCUCGAGGAGCUCGCCAAACCUAUCGAGCUCGAAGUACCCUGCUCAUCGAGAACCAAGCACAUACACGUCGACACUUUGAACGUGCAACGCGCGCGUGAAUUUCGCGAACUCUACGACACGUUGCUUCUGGAAGAAGACGAGGAUUUAGGCGAGUUCGAACGCAUGGAGUUACUGUUCGCCUUGAAAAAAUGUAUCAGUCUGCAUACUUGCCAAUCGUCUUUGAGUCUUGAACGGUUAAUCGAUCAAGAACUCUAUUUGCUGGCAUCGCAUGUUCAACCAGCCACACUGAAAUAUCUCAGAAGUCGCAUAAGACUUGGCUUCCUGAGAUUGGCUCGUGGUGCUCUCGGAUGUGACUAUCGAAUAAAGCAUUUAUCGAGGACUCGAUUAUGCCUGUCGUGCGGCAAGCUGAGACGAUUAGAAGCAUUCGCAGCAGAUCACCGUGAACGUAUCUCGAGGACAUGCGUCUAUUGCGAGACUCUCGGUCCGAAGAGGCGUAACUCCCAAGUGUACUCCGAGAUCUACGAGAGGAUGCUCAGGGAACUCAGAAGGAGCGAGGCUGCUAGAGCUGAUGGCACAAGUAGUUUAGCUUUCGUAAUGGGUCCAAAAGCAAUUGGCUAUCUGGUUAAUGACAUCUGGCAUGGUCGUUCAGCCAUAUCCGAAUGCAGCGAUCUCGAUCGGUUGCGUCUCGUACGGCUCGAUCCAAAUUCAACAUGGACACCUUGGAACACAUUGUUGGUAACGAGAAGCGAGGCAAUGAUGCACGAAUCGCUGAUGCGAGAAUCUUGCGCUGUUGAUGUCUACGAUGCUGAACUUGUACGCAAAUUUCGUCGUAUGAAUCUGCAAGCGAGAUUGUACUUUGAGAAUAUCGUCAAGUAUACACCUACGUGUUACUUUAAGUAUGCAGAUACUGACACGUGUUUAUUUUAAGGUCGUCAUAGUUGAUUGAGGUCUGACUUGUAUUGUUUACUGUUGAACUUAUCGUUGGACGUUUAUCGCUUUGAUUUAUGAAAACAUUACUUAUAUUUUUAUAGUGAAAAUUAAGAUUCUUUAUGAAGUAAAUAUAUACCAAAUACACUAUGCUUGAUGAGUUUAAUCAUAG